GGGCCAUUUUAUCGGUCUAGAAUUCACAAACCCUGGACAAAAGAGUGGACAGAGAUUGUAGAUAAAUAUAAGAUGUCAAUCAAACAGAAAUAUAUUCAGCAUAAGGAUCAACACCACCUUUUUGGUGCAAAAGCGUCUCUGGCCGAUAUGUAUACUGAACCUGACAUCAUUCAGAAAAGUAAGAGUGGGGGUUUCAAGAAUGUUUGUGUCGAUGAGUUGCUUGGAUCAGAGGCACUUUGGAAUACAUCUGUCAUUCUUCAAGGCAAUUCUGGCAGUGGCAAAUCUUUCAUAGCACAAAAAAUCAUGUUGGACUGGGCAUCUGGAAAACUUUACCUUAACUUUCAACUAGUUUUCUAUCUGAAGUAUGAAGAGCUGAAGUUUAUUUCUAAAGAGAUGAACUUGUUUGAACUUUUGAGCUGGAGCUGUAAUUUACCAUCACAAGUGAUCUCACAGAUAAUAUUGCAGUCAUCAUGCAAUGUGCUUUUUCUCAUUGAUGGAUUUGAUGAAUGUAGACUCUUUUAUGACUAUUUCGUGUUACAUGUAUCCAAGAAAGCACCACCUGAGGUCGUUGUUUGUGCUUUGCUAAGGGGUGAAAUCCUGCCCAGAUCUACCCUGCUGGUCACCACUAGAACUGAGGUGAUACAGGGCACAAUGCUUAAAAGACCACAGCAUUUUAAGAUUGUGGGCUUUUCUGAGAAGAUGAUAGAGGAGUACUUCCAGAAGUUUUUUCAGGAUGAGGAGCUCUUUAGGAAAGCUUAUGAGUCUGUUAAGUCAAAUGAAACCCUGUUUAAUGCCUGCUCCAUUCCUCUUAUCUGCUGGAUCAUCUGCACAGUUAUCACAGAAAGAUUCAAUGAUGGUGCAGAUAUAAGAUGUCUGGAAACAACCACAUCCAUAUAUGUUGAGUUUGUGUCCACUGUACUGGAGCAUCACUGUCAGGGUUUAAAUGAGUCUGUCCCAAACCUGCUGAGGAGUCUUGGUCAACUGGCAGAGAGAGGGAUGCUGGAACAACAAGUUCUGUUUGAUGAGAAAAACAUAAAUGAAACUGUUUUAGACCCUGCCGGCAAUCCACUUCUGGAUAAGUUGCAUCUUAAGAAAAGAAAACAGCAGAUGACAAUGUUCAGAUUCAUACAUCUCAGCUUUCAGGAGUUCUUCACUGCUCUGUACUUUGUCUUAUUGGAUGAAGAUGAGUCUCAGAAGAAAGUCAAAGAGCUUCUUCACAUUGUAGAGAGAGGAUGGGCUUUGUCCUGUUGGUCUGUUGCUGAGUUUUCAAACAGAGAUUCAGAAAUAAGAAGUUCACAUCAGUUACAGUCUGUGAUUUUGUUCCUCUGUGGUCUCUGUAAGAAUGAAAUGAUCGAUUCAUUCUUCAAAAAGCACAAUGUGGCUGUUAGUAUCAACAUAAAAACCCAGCUGAAGGAAUGGAUCCAUCAGUGUUUAUUGAAAUAUCAACAUGAAAACAUGAUGUUCAUUCUUCAUUGUCUCUAUGAGCUUCAUGAGAGGAGCUUCAUUGGGAAAGUUUUGGGAGAUUUGGUUCUGAUCGAUCUCUCCAACACUCCACUAAACAAGACAGACUGCUGGGUGCUGCGGUUUUGUUUUCAGUGCUGUGAACGCAUCAGAAACCUGAGACUCAAUGUUACAUCUGAUCAUCUGAAGAUACUUCAGCCUGCAUUGUCUAGUUGUGAAGAGCUGUGGUUGAUGGUGGAUGAUUUCUCAGAAGAUGUUGAAAUUUUCCUCUUAGCUCUUGGAGAAAGAAACAUUCUGAAUCAUCUGAUUGUAAAGAUGGAUGAAGACAGAGGCCAAAACUACUCUGAGAUUAUUGCUUCAGUCAGAGAUGGAGACCUGACACUGUCUGUUAGCUGUUCCAAAAGUAAACCAUGGUUUUCAGUAUCAUCACAGGUGCUGUCAGAAUUAACUUUCACCUGUUCACACUCCGAGAUUUCCAGCUGUAGAAACCUCCUGCAAACACUCCAGACAUUACCAAGUUUCGGAGGUUCUGGUGAAGGCGGUUUAGUAGAGACAGUCGCUGUGAUGAAUGUCCUGCAAUCUUUGUCUGGUUUAAAGAAAGUCCAUCUUGAGGUGAACAAAUGGACUGAUGAAUGGAUUUCAGUUAUCCGUUCCCUCAUCAAAUCCUGUCCCAGUCUCAACAAACUCAGGAUAAAUACCAGAUUAUCUUUUAUUCCAUUGUUGGUAACCCUGAAGGAAUCACUGAGACAGAUGGGCUGGACCAUGACAGUCUGCAGGAAGUCAAUGUUGAUUGAGCGUGACAAGAAGAGAGAUAGGAAGAGUUUGACAGAGGAGGAGCUGAAGACAGAAGAAAGAGAAAAUGAGGAUGAGAGUUUGGAUUCUGUGUCAUGUGUAUCAUUAGGAGCUGACUCAUCUUCUACAGACCAAUCAAUACUGCUGGUAUUUCAGUGUUUGAAUGAUGCAGAAGUCUUCACACCUGAAUAUAUUGACAAAGACGAUGAGAGUAAAGGAACAAACUUAUACAGGUUUGUUUCUCCACAUGCUGGUCAGUUUCAGUGCAGUUUGACAAACCUUGUGUUUGUGAUGGAGGGUAAAGUAGAGGUCUGGUAUAAAAUCGUGCCCUGGGAUGUACGGCUCUUAGAUGGUUUGGGUCAGAUGCAGCCUGCAGGUCCCUUGUACAACAUUGACUGUUUUAAAGGUUCAAUCUCACAAUUGCACCUUCCACACUGUGAAAUUCUCUCAGAGAAAAGUAAAGACAGUUUGGCUGUAGCACAUUUCUCUGAUGGUAAUGUAGAAAUCUUGCAGUCGAUCAAAGUGAGCAGCACUCACGUGAUUAUUAAUAUCACAGAGUUUUCCCUGUUUGGACUUAUAAAAAAGAAGAUAUUCCCUGUGUCUUCUGUCUAUGCACAAGUUCUGCUUUUCCUUCGACCAAAAUCUUUUGCACAGAAGCAGAAAAUACUGAAUGUUCACUUGCUUCCAGGGAAUGUGCCCUUAUCAGAGGUUCAGAGUCAACAUCAGGAGAAAACAUACAUUGAAACAAGUUCAAUUUGUCAUCUGAUUCCGGGGAAAGAAUACAAACUGUGCUGUCAUCCAGAAGAAUGUGAAGUGCAGCCAUUGGAUGAGGUGUUUGAUUGUAAUUUUGGCCCAAACUAUCACCCUACAUUUGAAGUGUUUCUAAAUGUCAGCAUUGAGGAGGUCAGGCUUGGUCUUCUGGAUUCAAAUAAUAAAGGGAAAAAAGUGUGGAAGCAACGACGAGUUCUUCUCUCAGCACCAGCUCAAGGUGUGGAACCUCCAGCCGCCAGAAGGUUUACAGAAUCAGAAUUUUUGGACAAACAAAGAGAUCAACUGAUUCAAAGAGUCACAUCAGUGAUGGAGAUAGCUGACUGUCUCAUGAGCAAAUACAUGAUUACAAGUGAAAUGUACAAGAAAGUACAUACUGCAGAACCACGACAGGAGAAGAUGAGGAUUGUCUUUGAUGUUCUUGAUUCAGGAGGUUCAGCUGUAAAAGCAGAAUUCUGCAGACUGCUGAAAGAGAAGGAACCUCAUCUAGUGGAUGAAUUGGAGUCUGAACCCAGUACAUCUCAGUAAUGCUGAAGAGAACAUUAACUUAAGAUAAACAUCUCUGUUUGAGAAUUGAGAUGUAUGUUGCAGACUUAUGUAAAUAUGUACCACAUCACAUUUUUACCAAACCACAUUAUCUGACCUCAUGUGUCUGUGAUAGGAAAAUUAAUUGUUGUCAGGGAAUGAGUUGUGAAGUUAUUAGGGGUCAAGCCCUGAAGGGGGCGAUUUUAAUUAAGGUCAUUCCCAGAUCUAUCUAUCUUGUUAUUUUCUUCACAACUACAUACAUAUAUACAGUACAGUAAUAUAUUUUAUGUUAGAUCAAUUACAGCAAUGUGUAAGUACAGUGGGCACAGCAAUCUUGGCAAUUUUUGUGAAUUGACAGUUGUCUGCUGUGAGAAAUAGGAAAUAACCAGUGUUUUGGAGGACAUUUUGUAAAGUAUGUCUUUUAUAUUUUAAGAGUGAGCAUUACUUUUUUUAAAGUUUGAGCGAGAGUGAGUUGUCAAGAGUGAUGAUUUUACUGUGCCCCGAGGUCCAUUUUGUGUCACCAUAUUUACUUGUGUAACUACUCAUGUAACAGUCUUUAAAUAGGGAAAACAUGGAAGUGUUUGGUGGCUUCUAAAUUCAUCCCGCUUUGGAUCCUAAGGAAUGAAUGGUGCUAGGCUAAAUGCUGACACAUUCACGACACACUGCAAAGUGAUUAAGUGCAUGCAUUGAGAAAAGAGAGGUAUGUAUUAAUUCGUCUAAGUUGAGGGAAGAACAUAGUAACAUUUUGAAAAACUGUGGUGUUUUCCUUUAAAACUGGCAAAGUACAGUUACCUAAACCCACACUAUUUCAAAUACCACUUUGGAGCAGUAUUCAAGACUAACCGUAUCCCAUCAUGCAUAUGUUCUGGAUGUAAAUCAUGCGAACUUUUAAUUGUACGUUAAUAAAUGGAUUUGACAUAUUUUGGUAGUAAAAAGUGUUGUACAUUU